AUGGCAAAAGAAGAAAAAGCGGAAGACAUAGAGAAAAUUCAAACAAAAAUGAUGUCCGAGUACUUUAGAUCAAAAGCUAGAGAACACAAAAAAUUGAAAAAAGUGAUGGAUAAAGCCGAGAAGAAUAAGAAGAGUGUAGUGGAAACGCGUCAACCGUUCCAGCCACUAACGUCCCCGACCGCUGAUCCGUGUGAUGUUCUUCACUCAAUUGAAACAAAGUUAAUGGACAAUCAAAAUGAUAGCGAAUUGAUUGGAAUUAUGGAUUUCCUGAUUCCAGUGGUUAUUGGGAUGUUCACAUCGUCUCCCCACUGGUUAGUACGUGACAAAGCAAUUGAUUGCCUUCGCUCAAUAAAUCGAAAAAUGGGAAGAUCUUUGAUUGAUAAACACUUGAAUACAGUCUCGAAGAAGCAAAAAGUUGUACUUGAAAACUUAUUGUGA